AUGAUACUUAAAGGAGUUUGGACCAACUGGGUUAUGCAGUGUGUGUCUACGGUCACUUACUCUUUUCUCAUCAAUGACUCAGUCCUGGGAAACGUCCAACCCCAGAGAGGAAUACGACAAGGUGAUCCCCUCUCUCCCUAUCUCUUUAUCCUUUGCGCCGAGGUCCUUUCCGGGCUUUGUACAGCAGCACAAAACAGCGGAAACCUCUCUGGUAUAAAAGUGGCUCGGCAAUGCCCUAGGAUCAACCAUCUACUCUUCGCUGACGAUACUAUGUUUUUCGUCCGGGCCGAUUUACGGAGCUGCUACACUCUCAAUGCGAUCCUCAGGAACUAUGAGCUCGCCUCGGGACAGCAAAUCAAUACCACUAAAUCCUCUGUCUCCUUCUCAGCUAGAACACCACAGGAAACCCGCGUUAGGGUUAAAAAUACCCUUGGUAUAGCAAAUGAGGGAGGGGUUGGUAAAUAUUUGGGCCUGCCUGAGCUGUUUACCCGGAAGAAGAGGGAUUUGUUCACUUCUAUCGUCGAUCGCAUCACGUGUAAGGCGGCCUCUUGGUCAACCCGACGCCUCUCUGGCGCAGGUAAGCUAACUAUGCUCAAAUCGGUUCUAGCUCCCAUCCCCAACCACGCCAUGUCCUGCUUCCUACUCCCAGUCGGGCUAUGUGCGAGAAUUCAGUCUGCACUUACACGGUUUUGGUGGGAUGAUGAUCCCUCAACUAAGAAAUUAUGCUGGAUAUCUUGGGAUUCUCUGACCCAGUCAAAAAAGAUGGGGGGUUUGGGACUGCGAGAUGUUCAAGCUUUCAACCUGGCUAUGAUCGCUAAGUUAUCUUGGAGGGUUCUAACUCGGCCAGAAUCCCUGUUGAGCCGUAUUUUGCUAGGUAAAUACUGUCAUAGCUCAAGCUUCCUGUUAGCUCAGUGCCCCUCAAAACCCUCCCAUGGUUGGAGGGGGAUCUUGCUGGGAAGAGACCUGCUUUUGAAACACCUCGGAAAAGCGAUAGGUAACGGGAAUACUACCAGUAUUUGGUAUGACUCUUGGAUCUCCACCUCUGAAAACGUAAGGCCUAUUGGACCUCCUCGAGAAGCGGAAAAGGAUCUUGUUGUGGCAGAUCUUCUUACCCACGGGAGUCAUGACUGGAACCAAGCGAGGGUCGCGCUUAUCUUUCCGGAGCUAGCUCAUCUGAUUCUACAGAUAAAACCAAGCUCUCUCAACGCAGAGGACGCCUUCUGCUGGCAGAAGGCCCGUACUGGUAUCUAUAGCGUUAAGACAGGCUACUAUGCAGCCUUGGAUUCAACAGAGCAGCCGAUCGUUGCUCCUCCUGCCCCUGACAACUUCACGUGGAAUCAGCAUGUAUGGAGCAUCAACACUUCGGAAAAACUGAAGCUUUUCCUAUGGAAACUUUGCAGAGGAGCUCUGGCCCUGGGCGUCAACCUACAACAAAGAGGUAUGGCUCUACAAGCGGUUUGCCCGCAUUGUAAUGCAGCAGAAUCCGCCCUCCACCUUUUCUUCACGUGUCCGUUUGCGCAACAAGUGUGGAGACUGGCUCCUUUUACAAGUCCAGUUGAUUGGCUGGACAUCAACACACCACACCAAGCGCUGACCAGAGCUACCUCACUCUUAUGCCUCCCACCAACGGGAUUAUCUACUGAUCUUGUAUCUUGGAUACUUUGGGGGAUUUGGAAAGCGAGGAAUCUCCUGUCUUUUGAGCACAGAGCUGCCACAGCACAGGUGGUUUUGACCAAUGCCAUCUCUGGAGCCAGGGAAUGUACGGACGCAGCCUGGAGAAAGGAGACUAAGUUUGCUGGGCUCGGUUGGGUUAUCUCCGAUUCACAAGAUGGUCGGAUAUAUGAAGGCCAAUGUCAGGCCCGGUUCGUAUCAUCACCACUUAUGGCUGAAGCACUGGCGGUUAAAGGAAUGCUCCUAGCGGCGUCACAUCUCUCUACAACAAACGUCUGGAUUCGUUCCGACUCACUUGAGCUCAUCAGAGCCAUUAACUCGAACACAUACCCUAUGGAGCUCUAUGGAGUUCUCAAGGACAUCGAGUUUCUAUCUGCAUCCUUUGUUUUUAUCUACUUCUCUCACUUCUCUAGAUCGUGUAACUCUCGAGCUGAUUCACUAGCGAAGAAUGCUCUGUUAUGUGAUCCCCCUAUCAUGUACUGA